UCGUACUCCCCCAGUCCUACAGAAAUAACACAGAGAGCCAUGAAAGCUCUAAACCACACCAACAAAACACAAACCAUUCAACUCUAACUAAAAACCAAGAGUGUGUAGAAUUAUGUUAAAGCAUUUAAAGAACCGAACAGAAUCCCUCUUCCCCUCAAAUUUUCUCCCCAAAUCCUCCACUUUCUCACCAACCAAACACCUUUCUCCCUCCAAUCCAAACCCCCACCAAUACCCAACACCCUCAAAACCCUCAACUCACUUCCAUCACAUUCACACCAACACAAUUCCACCAUUAAAAUCAAAUCUUUACGCCUCAUUUUUCUGCACUUUAAUACACCUAUACUUAACCUGUGGCCGCCUCUCAAAAGCCACACAGUCAUACCAUGACAUGAGGAAACACACCAUUGUUCCAACUUUACCCCUUUGGAAUCAACUUAUUUACCAUUUCAAUGCCUAUGGUUUGGUUUCUCAGGUAUGUGAUCUUUACAGUGACAUGUUGUUUUGUGGAGUGUUCCCUAAUGUUUUUACUCACAAUGUAUUGGUACAUGCUUGGUGUAAAAUGGGGGAUUUAGCUUUAGCUUUAGAUUUGCUUAGAAAUGUUAAUAUUGAGGUUGAUACAGUUAGUUAUAAUACAGUUAUCUGGGGGUUUUGUCAGCAUGGUUUGGUUCAACAGGCUUUUGGGUUGUUGUCAAUUAUGGUAAAGAAUGGUACUUUGUUUGAUGUUGUUACUUGUAAUUUAUUGGUCAAAGGUUUUUGUCGAAUCGGGUUGGUGAAUUACGGAGAGCGGGUUAUGGAUAGUUUGGUUAGUGGGGGGAUUUGUAAAGAUGUUGUUAGUUUUAAUACUUUGAUUGAUGGGUAUUGUAAAGUAGGAGAAAUGAGGUAUGCGCUCGACUUGGUCGAAAAAAUGAGGAAACAAGGUGUAUUGCCUGAUAUUGUUAGUUAUAAUACUUUGAUUAAUGGGUUUUGCAGAACUGGUGAGUUUGAUAAAGCUAAGAAUCUGCUUGAUGAAAUUUUGGGGUCUAGUGAUAGAAAAAUUAAAGAUGGGAAUCUCAGUUUAGAAGCAAACCUUAUCACGUACACCACCGUCAUAAGCACGUACUGUAAGCAGCAUGGGCUCGAGGAAGCGAGUUCUUUAUGUGCAAAAAUGAUUCAAAAUGGUUUUUUGCCUGAUGUAGUUACUUAUAGUUCCAUUGUGAAUGGCCUUUGCAAGGAAGGGAAUUUAUUCAAAGCAAAAGAAUUGUUGAGUGAGAUGGAAGAGAUGGGUGUGGAUCUCAAUCAUGUUGUUCAUACUACUCUAAUUGAUUCGUUACUUAAAGCAGGGCGUUCUUGGGAAGCUUUUGCCUAUCAAAGUCAAAUGUUGAUUCGUGGAAUUACCUUUGAUUUAAUUAUGUGCACCACAUUGGUUGACGGACUUUUCAAGUCCGGUAAGCCCGAGGAAGCAGAGGACAUAUUCAGGAAUCUUUCAAAACUUAAUCUUAUUCCAAAUGUUGUUACUUACACGGCAUUGAUUGAUGGAUUUUGCAAGUUAGGCUACAUGGAAAGGGUGGAGUCUCUUUUGCAAGAAAUGGAGGAGAAACAUAUAAUUCCAAAUGUUGUCACUUAUUCAUCUAUUAUAAAUAGCUAUACAAAGAAAGGAUUGCUAGAUGAAGCGAUAAACAUUAUGAAGAAGAUGCUAGACAGAAAUAUUAUGCCAAAUGCCUAUAGUUAUGCUGCCCUAAUUGAUGGCUAUAGCAAGGCAGGUAAACAAGAUAUUGCUAUUGAACUCUAUAGUCAGAUGAAAUUGAGUGGAUUGGACGAGACUAAUGUUCUAUUUGAUGUUCUCAUAAACAAGCUGAAAAGAGAUGGAAAACAUGAUAAAGCUGAGGAAUUGCAUAAAGAUAUGGUUUCCAGGGGCUUGUUACUUGACUGUGUUAACUACACGUCUCUAAUGGAUGCCUUCUUCAAGGUGGGAAAUAAGUUCGCUGCUUUAAAGAUAUUUGAAGAAAUGACGGAGAAAAAUAUACCAUUUGAUAUUGUUGCAUACAAUGUGCUAAUGAAUGGUCUCUUGAAAAGCGACAACUAUGAAGCGAAAUCUGUUUAUACUCGAAUUAGAGAAAUGGGGUUGGCUUCAGACUGUGCUAGUUAUAAUACUAUGAUUAGUGCAUACUGCAAGCGUGGGAAAUUAGACGAUGCAUUUGAAUUGUGGAAUGAGAUGAAAAGCUGCAACAUAAUGCCAAGUUCCAUAACAUGCAAUAUCCUAGUAAUAGGGCUUUCAGAAGCUGGUGAGACUGAAAAAGCAAUCAAUGUUCUGAAUGAAAUGUUGAGUUGGGGCAUUCACCCUAACCUGGUUACCCAUAGGACUCUUCUUAAUGCAUCUGCAAAAAGUAGAAAGGCUGAAGCAGUCUUACAAAUGCAUGAGCAACUUGUUCAUAUGGGACUUAAGGUCAAUCAAGAAGUUUUCAACAAUCUGAUUGUUGUCUUGUGCAGGCUAGGCAUGACUAGAAAAGCCACUUCAGUGUUGAAUGGCAUGAUCAGAUAUGGACUUUUACCCGACACUAUUACUUAUAAUGCCCUGAUUCGUGGAUACUGUGAAAGCAGUCAUGUCAAGAAAGCUCUAGCCACUUAUACUCACAUGUUAAAUGAAGGAGUUUCUCCAAAUAUUACUACUUAUAAUCUCCUUCUAGGUGGUCUUUUAAGAGCCAGUUUGAUAGCAGAGGCAAAUGAAUUAUUUGACAAAAUGAAGGAAAGCAGCUUUGACCCUGAUGCUUCAACUUACGAUACUUUAAUCGCUGGAUAUGCCAGGAUUGGCAAUGUGAAAGAAUCCAUAAAGCAGUACUGUAAAAUGAUUGCUCAAGGCUUUGUUCCGAAAACUAGCACAUAUAAUGUGCUAAUCAGUGCUUUUGCUAAGGCGGGAAAGAUGCACCAGGCAAGAGAGCUUCUAAAUGAGAUGCAAGUGAGAAGUGUAGCCCCAAAUUGUUGUACCUAUGAUAUAUUAAUAUGUGGAUGGUGCAAUUCAUCUAAAAGCGCAGAUCUAGACAGGAGAGAAAAAAAGACACACCGAACUGAGGCGAAAAAUAUGAUAGUAGAAAUGAAGGACAAAGGGUUUAUCCCAAGCAAAAAUUCUAUCGCCUGUAUCAGUUCUACAUUUUCUAGAGGAGAUACAUGUGAUGCUGAGAAGCUGUUAAAUGAAAUAUAGAAAGUACCUUACAGGAGGGGUGAAAAUAUAGGACAAGCACAGCCUGCCUUUUCUGUGCCCGUUGACAUGCGUAUUGCCGCAUUGAUACCCGAUGCUUCUUUUCUAUUGAUGCUCUCAAAUGCAUGAGAUAGAGUGCACUGCACUGCCUCUGGCUCUCAACUUCGUACUUAAGUCUGUGAUAUCUCAUGUUCAUGUGCUGCGGAAUGAAUGCAAAAUUGUGUCGCACUUCCAGCUUGAGAUGGAAAGCGGGCUGCAGAUUGAUGGAAAAUGGAGACAGGCGCAUAGUCUAUUCCUGCUGGACAGUUUUAUUGCUUAUUUAUUCAGAAGGUGCGCCCAUUUCAUUUGUUCCUCAUAAUGUUGACUUGAACAGUUGGAUAUCUGAUGGCGAAGUUAUCCUAUUAUAUGAAAAGAUCGGCUAACACGUGAUAAGUUUAUCUGUGGAGGCUUCUAUAUCGUAUUUUACAACUCGGAGACCUUCGCAUCUAAGAAUCUAAGAUUUAGAUGUAGAUGUUGUUUGAUUGUCCCCAUCAGAAUUGACAGCAUUCUCGUUUCUGUGCAACAUAGUAGUGCACUAGAAGUCCCUCAAAGUGAAGCGGAGGAAGCAGCUGCAGCAGCAGCAGCCGGACUCAAGAAAACUGGCUAUAAUGAGACAACUCUGUGAUCGAUGAGACAACCCCGAGCUAUAUGAUUUCAUAUACAUAUGCAAAUAGAAGCUGACACUGAAAUUUCUAGAGAGGAUACAAGAGAACUAUGGAUAUUCAUGGAAAUAAGCGAUAUAUAAAAUCAAGAAGAGAAAUGAACAAUUAGUUAGACUUAGAGCUAAUGUUUUGGUGGAUCUAUUUAAAUAGUAUUGAUUCAUCUUAGACUUUGAGAUUGAUAGGAACUAGACAUUUUGUUCCAAGAAUAUAGAUCAUACAAAUCUCACUGGCAUUA